AUGCCCGGAGAGGAUUGGGACCCGCGUUCUACCAGCAAAAAAGGCGAUUACUACACCCAGAUCUUCAGACCUUACCAUUUUGCGGAGCCAAAUACUCAGCGAUACAAGCACUACCGCCCUGCUUUGUACGGUGAUCGACUUACUCUAGCCGAAAAUUAUACCCCUGGCCUUCUUCAGGCCGCAACGAGCGGACAGGAUUUUCUCUUCUAUGUGAAGGAUUUAAGCCUGGCAUUCGACUUUCGAGAUUCCACAUUUAAGCCAGCUUCUUACGACUACGCAGCACUGCCCUCCAACGAAGACGACUUGCUUGAAGGACAGUACCAAAGAUCCCUGGGUACAUUGGAAAAUGUUUGGCGGCAUCGCAUCCAGUGUCUACGCCAAUGGACUAAACUACGUCGACUGCAAGUUGAUUUCUGGGGCUGUCAUAGGGGUCCAGAUCUAUACAAUGCCAUUCGUAUGACCUCAUGGGUGUGCGUAGAACUUGGCCAAGGAUGGACUAGAGGCGCGCCAGAGGUCGCUGAGGUUAUGGGUCGGAAGAGUGAAGAAGAGAAGUUAAUGAUUUGGAAUCAUUUGCUUGGUGCCGGCGUCUAUGCGGAAAAUAUUAAGUUCAUACCAGCUCAACCGAACCCGCCUAUAGAAAAAAUUCUGAGAAGGUGUACCGAUGCUGUCCUUCGUGUCUUGCAGGACACAACUUAG